CAACACUAGGACGCCAUGGGACUGCUACAACACCCGAGAGGUUUUUAAUGGCUUAAGAUUUACUAACUGCAGCGGUAACUUUCUACCUUUCAUCUAAAUGAACAAUGGGAAACAUGUACCGAAGAAAUAAAAAUAAGAUUCCAGCAUACACAGUCUCAUCCUCCAUACCAACAAACUAUGAAACAGUGAUGAUAAAAAAUGAGGAGAAGAAGGGGUUUUCAUCUCAGACUAAACGAUUUCCCUCAUACGUCUGUCUGAAUGAAAAUCCAGGACCAGGCAGCUAUGGCUGUAUUUCCAGUGCUGAAGUCAAAAGUCCAUCCUUCUCAAAGAAAGGCACUACAGGCUUUGUUCCAUCCAAGGCUGCCAGGGGUUACAGUUACCCACAGAGAGGCAUCCCAGGACCCAAUGCAUACAGCAUACAGAGUUCCUUUAUUGACAGGUAUGACUUCAACGUUGGAGUUUCGAGGGUGUUCAGGUUGCCUGUGGCUGUGCAGCACAAUGGUCCGAAAAAUACUACUCCAGCACCAAAUCAGUAUGAUAUCAGUUGCGGUAACAGAGAGAGACUUUCUGCAGUGGCUGGUACAUCAGCUUUUCUCUCAAAAACUGGACGGGACUCAUUUUACCCAAACAAAAAUGUGCCAUCACCAUGCUACUAUGAGGUAAAUGACUGCUUUAUCCAGCACGGCUCCAAGUCAGUCUCGUCACCCUUCAAAUCAAAAACUCAGAGAAUCCCUGUUCCAAUGAACAACCAUGUGCCCGGCCCAGGAGCCUACACUCCCCAUCGGACCCCCACACCAGUGAAGAGGACCAUCCUCCCGAGGGGUUAUUAUUUGGCAAUAUCAGCGCCUCCUCUGAUUGUGCCUAAGGACCCACCCUUGCCAGGCCCUGGGCAGUAUGACGUUGUCAAUUACAACAGCCCGUCAAAGCAUCCCAUGCCCACUGCUGCAUUUGCAUCCAGAACUGAACGGAUACCACUAAACCCACGGACCGAUACUAAUCCAGGUCCAGGUUUCUAUGAUCCACAGAUUUUAUCAAAGCAGUCCUUCUUCUACAGUGAUUCCAAAGUCUGGAUUCCUGUGUGAAGCCCUUAAGGAAACCUGCACUGCAGAUAUAUAAAACUGUCACACAUGUAAAAUGUGAUUAUCUGUACCAAAGUGUUCCUAUGCAAGGCCCUGUCUCUUUGUGAUUAAAUGUGCAUGUACAUGC